UGGUGUACUCUCCCGCAGUCCAUAGGUCUGAGUCUUCCCGCACAUCCUGAAGCAGCUGGUUGGUCAUGGCUACUUUCAUACCAAAGCCACCAGCCUUUCUUCCUCAGACGCAACCACUUCCACCACUCCCACCAAAGCCAGCCAUAAUCUCCAUAAAGUCCCACCACAAACCAGCCAAAGCGAACACAACGGGCAGCAAUGGCAGCAGCUCCAACGUCACCGUCGACACCACCCCUGAGUCCACCGACUACAUUGCUUCCACAUUGAGCAGAAGAUUCGGACUCGGCGCUGGGCUCGCAUGGGCAGGAUUUCUUUCCGUAGGAGUUAUUGCCGAGCAGUUCAAGACGCGGUUUGAGGCAUCUCAGGAGCUGUCAAACGCCAGAGAUAUAGAGAAUGCGGACGAGGUGGUGUUGCCCAACGGCAUCAGGUACACAGAUAUGAGGAUUGGAGGAGGAGCUUCACCAAAGGCAGGAGAUUUGGUGGUGAUUGAUCUGAUUGGCAAAGUAGAAGGCUCUGGAAUGGUGUUUGUCGACACACUGGAUGGCACAAGGAAGUCCCUGGCUCUGAUUUUAGGGUCAAGGCCCUACACUAAGGGUAUGUGUGAGGGGAUUGAGUAUGUGCUAAAGACCAUGAAGGCUGGGGGCAGAAGAAAGAUCACAAUUCCCUCAGAGCUUGGCUUUGGAGAAAAAGGGGCAGACCUCGGCUUAGGUAUUCAGAUCCCUCCUGGUGCAGCACUUAACUACAUUGUUCUGGUUGAUAAGGUUUCAGUAGCACCAGCGUGAUAAGACUACCAUAGUAAAUGAAACGUCUUCUCUGUCUCUCGCAUAUAUACAUGUACUCAUAUGAACUUGAUGGUAUUUUUGAUCCCCUAUAUAACGUGUUGUUUACAAGCC